AUGGCGAAUCAAGUUAUCUCCGGCUUCAAAGAAACCGCUCAGUCAAUCGCCGGAGCUGCUCGUCCUUGGGGUGAAUUUCUAGAUCUAUCAGCUUUAAGCUUCCCUUCUUCAAUCGCCGACGCAACCACACGCGUGACGCAGAAUCUCACGCACUUCCGAAUCAAUUACAGUAUCAUCCUCUACUUUCUUCUAGCAAUCGCUCUCAUCACACGCCCCAUCGCGAUUCUAGCUUUCGUCGCCGUCGGUUUAGCUUGGUACUUUCUCUACUUCGCCCGUGAAGAAUCUCUCGUUAUCUUCGGAUUCUCUGUGAACGACGCCGUAGUGACGGUUUUUCUCGCCGGUCUUACGAUUGCGUCGCUUGUUAUCACCGGAGUUUGGGUCAGAUCAUUGACAACCGUCGGAUUCGGCGUAUUGGUCGUGGUUUUGCACGCUGCGGUGAGAGGAACGGAUGAUCUUGUGUCGGACGAUCUAGAAUCUCCGUACGGAGCUAUGCUUUCUCCCGUCUCCGAUGAUAAUGGUGGCGCUCGUGGCGAUUACAGUGGAUUGUAA